ACGAGACCAAAAUCUUCAGAUGGGAAUCCAUUUCUGAUUCUCAGUCGUCAUUCGAGUUCGCGUGUAUUGUCUUGCGGAAUCGCUUUGCCACCAUCGACCUCGUCCCGAGCUAGAAGCCCCUUCGACUUCAAUCGUAAUUUGUCGAAGACGAGUUGAAUUUGGUGGAAGUCAGAUUUCCUCUAGCAGCCUUAAUUCGGGAGGAUAUAUCGCAAUGCAGACAUCGAGGGUGAGGCUGUUCAAGGAAUACAAAGAGGUGCAGCGAGAGAAGGGAGCUGAUCCAGACAUUCAGUUGGUUUGUGAUGACUCGAACAUAUUUAAGUGGACUGCUCUUAUCAAGGGACCAUCGGAAACUCCUUUUGAGGGUGGUGUUUUCCAGCUCGCAUUUGCUAUACCUGAGCAGCAUCCACUGCAGCCACCUCAAGUUCGUUUCCUGACUAAGAUAUUUCACCCCAAUGUGCACUUCAAGACAGGGGAGAUAUGCCUUGAUAUUCUGAAGAAUGCAUGGAGUCCUGCCUGGACACUUCAGUCUGUUUGCAGGGCUAUAAUAGCUCUCAUGGCCCACCCUGAGCCUGACAGCCCACUAAAUUGUGAUUCAGAGUCAGGGCCAAGAACCAAAAGUUGGUAGAGUCACCUUUCUUGGUAUAAAAAUCUUGAUUCGGGGAUUCCUCCACCUUCCCACCUUGUGAAUACCAUAACAACAAGAACAAGAAGCCAUUGCACUUUAUGGAGUAAUAUUUCCUCCCCUCAGCCAAAAAGAGAAAAAUGAAAUUCCCUCUAUACCACCUGGUUACAGGAAAAGAGCAAAACUUUAUAGUGUAGUUCAUAUGAGAACAAUCAUACUCCAUCCUCCUUGAUAUUGACAUAGACUAGUUGUAUCAGUGCCGAAGAGGAGUGCCCUUGACAUCUUGCGGGGAUUCUUGAUAGGCUGCUUUUAGAACGAGGUGCAAGAGUGUCUUUGAUUGAACUUUUCUGGAAAUAACAAGGGUGAGACCUUUGUAAUCGUUUGACAAGUAUUGAGAGAGAGCGUAAGAUUUCAGUGGGAAUCUUUCAUGCUCCUUUUCCACAUUUUGUUUCCUAAUCCUAUCUCAAACGAUACUUCAUCUCAAAUCUUUAUUUCCAAUGGUCAGUUUGUUGGAUCGGAUAUAUAGGACAGUAGUGCUGCGACAAGUGAUAAUAGUUGGAUGUCUUUGCCUCGAUUGAGUAUUCACAUAAACACAUUCUGUCGUUCUGUCAAUUACGCAUGAGAUUCUGGGGAUUAGAUGAAUUAGGUAUGAUAUGAUGCUUCGAUUUCAACUCAAACUCUAUCUGUUAAGAACCUUGAGAGCUAUUCAUCUUAAUCAUUCAUGCAGUCAAGCAUUCUCGGGGUUUGUUGAUUGCCUUCUGGUGGGCCAAUAUAUUAUAUGGCAUCAAAGAGAUAAUUUCAACAAUGAAGUACUAGAGAAUGGUAAUAAAGAACAAAUGCUUGUACUUGUUCAAUGUAACAGUU